GUGACAUCCGUAACGACCUGUGUGUCUGUCUACCCUCCCCAGGUCACAUCCGUAACGACCUGUGUGUCUGUCUAACCUCCCCAGGUGACAUCCGUAACGACCUGUAUCUCACCUUGGAAAGAGGAGACUUUGAAAGGGGAGGAAAGAGCGUCCAGAAGAACAUUGAGGUGUCCGUUUACGUGCUCUACGCAGACGGAGAGAUGCUCAAGGACUGUAUCAGCCUGGGCAGUGGUGAGCCCCACAUUAGUGAACACCGUUCCUUUGUCCUCUACCACAACAACAGCCCCCGCUGGAGCGAGGUGGUUAAACUACCCAUCCCCAUAGACCGCUUCAGAGGGUCACACCUACGCUUCGAGUUCAGACACUGCUCCACCAAAGACAAGGCGGAGAAGAAGCUGUUUGGCUUUGCCUUCACACCACUGAUGAGAGAGGACGGGACAACGCUGUCAGAUGAGAGUCACGAGCUCUAUGUCUACAAG